UUGGGGAAGUCCUGGGACACCUUCUGCCCCCUCGGUCCGGUGAUCGUCACUGCAGACGAGGUUGAGGACGCUCAGAACCUGGACAUCAAGCUGUGGGUCAACGGUGAGGUGCGACAGGACCACAACACGAGCGACAUGGGCCGGACCGUCGAGGAGACGGUCGAGUUCAUAACGUGGAUCACCACGAUGAAGGCCGGAGACGUGAUCGCGACGGGCACGAACCACAUCGGUCUCGGUCCCAUCCAGCACGGCGACGUGAUAACCGAGGAGAUCGGCGACUUCGGGCUGCUGACGGUGACGUCACAGACCCGUGGAAGCGGACGUGGCCUCGCCUGCCCUGAAUAA